CUACCACCUGCCUGGUCUGCGAGCUGCACGUGACAUAUCACACUUACAGCUCAUUACACUACACUACCUACAAUCUGAUCGGCAAGAGUCGUUGGAGAUACCUGGAGAGUUCAUCACACGCUGCACUGUUGCGAAACAGACAAGCCUGGUGCGCAACCAAGCUGCAACCACUGCAACGACAGCCAUCAUGGCGCUCCGCAUAGUCCCCACCGCCUCCCACCCAACACACACCCAGCCAUCACUUGGUGCGCCCUCGGCACCUGGUGUCCACGACACCCUUCGCGCCAACCUCUCCCUCACCACACCCGCCCCGAAAGCCUCCGCCGCAUCAUCCAGCAGCGAUGCACCAACAUCGUUUCACCCCUUAGAGUCACGCCUCGGCCAAUGGCGCGCACAGCAAGAAGCUCUCAAGAUGGAGAUGCUACGGCGACAGUUUGGCAUUGCGGAGCCCGUCAAGCGGCAGAUGGAGUUGGGCAUAGUAAAGGCGGGCGAGUGGCGGCCUGGUCAGCUAGGUGCGGGAAGCGCGGGCGUGCAUGCCGAUAUCCUGGCGGGAAGGGAUACGGAGAUUGGAUGGGAGGAUGUGUUCACGGGUGACGAGAUGAGGGAUGCGGUCGACUUUCACACGGAGAUGGAAACCAGGAUGGGGAUGACUUGGUGAGGCGGGGAGGACUGUCCUGUAUUGUAUCCCGAGGAGUUCCUGCGAAGCACAGCUGACUCUCCAACCGAUCGAUAUGUACGUUAAUGGUAACUUUACAACAGCGUCGCGAUAACUACCGUCGGCAUUAAACCAAAGCCCAUGAGGUCCAUCUU